AUGGAUGUCUAUCCUGACACAGCAUUACUUUGCCAACCACCACUUUCGGGUCCUGAGCCUCUGACUUUACGUGUUUUCUGCCAUGGCAUAGACUCAAAUACUAUGAAGAACGUUAUUACACCCAAAUCUCUGGCCUUUCGUGCCAAAUUGGCGGACUUGGUGUCUCCCUUGCGACGUGUUCGAUCGAGAACACCCUUUUUUCGACUUGCGGCGCACAGAACUCCCACUUUAUGGUCAUUAUAUCGUGGGAUUCUCAGGCUCUCUCCAACAGAAGAUGUCAAGUUUCGGGUUCGAGCACUGUUUCGUCAGAAUCGCCACCUAACCGGGGUUGAGCAGACAAAAGCGCGUCUAAACCAAGGAUACAAGUGGCUUAAGUUCUUCAAGAAGGCUAUGGAUGGCGACCGACAUUGCCAAGCUGUUAUGAUGCGAUACUCUCGGUUGAUAGCUGCGAAACGAGCAAAGGCAGAUCUAAGGAGGGUGAUGAAGGGUGAAUUGGAACGACAACUGCGGGCGCGGACACAGCCUAUCUGGACUGGAGGGUUCCUCCGUCCUACCCUCUUUCACGGCCCACUUCCACGGAUGUACCCACAACCCAAGCCUAUCGCCAUGAUUGUGCGGAAACGUAUCCUUGCCCGGGAAAAGCGAUUCAAGACAAAAGCUGACCUCGAAGGAGACCUGGAGGAUCUCAAACUCGAAGGCAAAUUUGAGGAGGGCCUGCGCGACUUGACCAAGACCGAAUUCCCGACCUUCUUCUCGGGCGAAGAUGUAUCCGCCGAAUGGCGUCAACCCAUUCAAACCAUCCUAGACGAGUUCAAGCUCAAAGAUCAACGCGAAUACGCCCGUGCUGCCCAGCCCUUCCCUCCUGAACUCGUCGAGGCAAUCUUCGAAGCACGACGCGAGAAGAUUCGGAACAAGACACGAGAGAAAGAACGUGAGCGGCGGGGCGAACGGACACUGAGUGCUCUCCGGCGGAAACGGCAAGGACCGCCAGCCCACGUUCUCUCGCAGAUGACCCCUGAGCAAAGAGAGAUGGACAAGGUUGCUCGGAGCUUAAGUGAGGUAGGAUACGUCGCGCUGGUGAAACGUCGGUUAGGGAGGAAGUUGAAGGACCCAGAGGCCGGGUUGGAGCUUGGAGAGGUGCAGAAUCGUCCGUUGCUUGACAAAACGAGGGAGAUAAUUAGGCAGGAGAAUAAGAGGAGGCGGUUGGAGGAACUGGAGCUCGGCACGCGUAGGUUGAAGAAGCCUGGUGAUCGCGGUUGCAAUCGAUAG